UUCCUGCACUCGAUCAAGAUCUGUCUUUCACUCCGAUCGAAGAUGGAGUGGAGCUCUAAUGGAUUACUCCUUACGCUCUUCAUCUCAAUCGUCUUCUUCAUUUCAUGUUCUGAAUCAUUCUAUUUGCCUGGCGUUGCUCCUCGUGAUUUUCAAAGGGGAGAUCCUCUUCAAGUCAAAGUCAACAAGCUAUCUUCUACGAAGACACAACUUCCAUAUGACUAUUAUUACUUGAACUAUUGUAAGCCCAACCACAUACAGAACAGUGCUGAAAACUUGGGUGAGGUGCUAAGAGGAGAUCGCAUAGAGAACUCAGUCUAUACGUUUUCAAUGAGAGAGGAGCUCCCAUGUAAGGUUGGUUGUAGAGUAAAGCUUGAUGCUCAAUCUGCAAAGAACUUCAAGGAAAAAAUUGAUGAUGAGUACCGGGUUAACAUGAUUUUAGACAACCUCCCAGUUGCUGUUCUUAGACAAAGAAGGGAUGGUACUCAGUCAACCACUUACGAACAUGGUUUUCGUGUAGGGUUCAAAGGAAACUAUGCUGGGAGCAAAGAGGAAAAGUAUUUCAUCAAUAACCACCUGAGCUUUAGAGUCAUGUAUCACAAGGACCUUGAGACUGAUUCUGCUCGAAUUGUCGGGUUUGAAGUUACUCCAAACAGUAUCAAUCAUGAGUACAAAGAGUGGGAUGACAAGAAUCCGCAGUUGACGACAUGCAAUCAAAAUACUAAAAAUAUAAUUCAAGGAAGCACGGUGCCACAGGAAGUUGAUACAGACAAGGAGGUGGUAUUUUCAUAUGAUGUUACUUUCAAGGAGAGCGAUAUCAAAUGGGCAUCGCGUUGGGAUACUUACCUCCUUAUGUACGAUGAUCAAAUCCACUGGUUUUCGAUAAUAAACUCGCUAAUGAUCGUCCUCUUUCUUUCGGGAAUGGUAGCCAUGAUCAUGAUGAGAACGCUUUACAGAGAUAUUGCAAACUAUAAUCAAUUGGACACACAAGAUGAAGCCCAGGAAGAAACCGGAUGGAAACUUCUUCACGGAGAUGUUUUUAGAGCUCCUGCAAAAUCCGGCCUGCUUUCUGUUUACGUCGGAACCGGUGUCCAAAUCCUCGGAAUGACACUCGUAACUAUGAUCUUCGCGUUACUAGGUUUCUUGUCACCCUCCAACCGUGGUGGACUUAUGACGGCUAUGGUUCUUUUAUGGGUGUUUAUGGGCUUAUUCGCCGGUUAUUCCUCCGCCCGCUUGUACAAAAUGUUCAAAGGCACAGAAUGGAAGCGGAACACACUGAAAACUGCAUUCAUGUUUCCCGGUAUCUUAUUCGCAAUUUUCUUCGUUCUCAAUGCGUUAAUUUGGGGCGAGAAGUCUUCCGGAGCCGUACCUUUCGGGACCAUGUUCGCUCUUGUUUGCUUGUGGUUUGGGAUUUCCGUACCCUUGGUCUUUGUCGGCAGUUACUUGGGUUUCAAAAAGCCGAUUGUGGACGAUCCCGUAAAAACGAACAAGAUCCCAAGACAAGUGCCGGAACAAGCCUGGUACAUGAAACCGGUUUUCUCGAUCCUAAUUGGCGGGAUUCUACCAUUUGGGGCUGUUUUCAUCGAGCUAUUCUUCAUUCUAACCUCCAUUUGGCUGAACCAAUUCUACUACAUAUUCGGGUUUCUAUUCAUCGUGUUUGUGAUAUUGAUCAUCACAUGUGCGGAAAUAACGGUGGUGCUGUGUUACUUCCAGUUAUGCAGUGAAGACUACCAUUGGUGGUGGCGGGCAUACUUGACCGCCGGUUCGUCCGCCGUCUACCUUUUCCUCUACUCGAUCUUCUACUUUUUCACCAAGUUGGAAAUUACAAAACUCGUUUCCGGGAUUCUGUACUUUGGGUACAUGUCGAUUGCUUCGUAUGCCUUCUUUGUGUUAACGGGUACGAUCGGGUUUUACGCGUGCUUAUGGUUUGUACGAAAGAUCUAUUCAUCUGUGAAGAUAGACUGAUGAUGUAAAGAAGGUGAUGGAUGGUAUAUGAAUAUGAAGGGAGAAAGAGAAUUUGGCAAAUGAAAUUGAAGGUGAGAUGUAGCAGUAGUUGCAUUGAAUUGCAAGAGGGAGUGUAAACGAUUCACAUAUGAAUAUGCGUAGCAGUAAAAGAACAUGCCUAAUUUGCUAGUUUCUUAGAUUAGGUCUGUUUUGUUUUUCUCCUCUCCUUUUUCCAAUAAUAAUUAUUAUUAAUUUUUCU